AUGAACGGUUUGCCUGUGUUAAUCUUGCCAAGUAUUGAAAAGAGAUUCAGUUUAUCCGGCAAAGAACUCGGGAUUAUUUCAGCAGCGAACGACGUCGCUGCUGUUCUUAUCGUUGUUUUUAUCAGUUUCUAUGGUAACUAUGGCAACAAGAUGAAGUGGGUGGGAGGAGGAGCCGGUGUUUCAGGUAAGAUGUUGCAUUUUACAUUUAAGAAAUAGGAAAUAUUUUCCGUGUAUGCAGAUUUUUUGUAGUUCGUAGCUUAAACAUAAAAAUAUAAAAAAAUAUUGAAAAUAAGACCUUCCGUAUAAUCCUAUAGAGUCAAAAAGAAUUAACGUAAUUUAUACUAUGAGCGGAGGUGAGAGUUUUAGAAAGAAAAUUAACUGUUAUCUGUAGUUAUCUGUAAUGAUAAAACACGACUACACGUGCUUUAAAUGACUUAAAACACAACUACAAUAGAUGCCGUCUCAUUAGUGGACUUGAUAUAAAGAAUACCAAUGAAGAUGAAUUUUAUCAGGUAUAAAGCCACUUCACGUGACAUACCGUAUUAUGGGACAUAUUAUGGUUCACAUGAUUUGCCAAAGCGUCUAUAAAUUAUAUUAAUGAGUGUUUUAAAUAUGAAUAAUGCAAGCUAGUUUGUGGACCCAUGUAGGCUGGAUCACUGAACUAUAUACAUGGAAGCCAAACUUGGCAGAAAUUGAAGGCAUUCCUGUGCGCCACUUUCAGUCCCCUUACAUCCACGGUCAACUAAACUUACACAUUUUUCUUUGUUUUUCCGAGUAAAAGCAUGCACGAUUAACUAAACUUACAUAUUUUCCUUUGUUUUCUGAGUAAAAGUGUAGAUGAAAUUUCAAUGAAAAGUUAAAUGAUGCUGUUUUGUUUGGGGACAGUUUUAAAUUUUAACUGAAAUUAUUUAAAAGACGCUGUAUUUGCCUAGGAAGAAAACAAAUAGCGCCCGGCUGAACCGAGUUGUUACUCAAUCUGUUUUAAUACGCCUAUUGCCUGUAUUGACAUGGGUUUCACUCAUGCAUAUAAAUAACUCAUUGAAACAAACAAUUUAAAAUUAAGACAGUCAUCAUGUCACUUUAUUAAAUAUGAAAAUGGAAAACCAAAAUUUCUUUACAUAUACGGAAAAAGUUUCUUUGUAUACGUUUCUGCGCUAAAUUAAAACUGAAGUUGAAAUGCAGUUUUAUGUCAGGAAGGCUGACUAAACAUAAGCUCCUAAAAAAAAAAUAGGGAAAUCAGGUUCACAUGAAACAAAUGAAGUUAAUUUCCUUUUUCUGCUCUUUGAACAUGAAGAAAAACAGAACCCUAGAGUCGUCUACACAUCACUUCCCACCACGAAAAUAUAAAACGAUAUUUGACCGGGUGUGUUAGAGGACUGAAACUGACGCACAAGAAUACCUUCAAAAUCCACCAUCUUUGGCUUCCCUUUUUGGUUACGUAAUUGACUUAAAUCAGCUUUCCAUGUAUAUAGUUCAUUGGACAAGACUGGAUUUUAUUAUUUUAAGUUCUCGCAGUUAUGAUUUGAAAUCAUGCAUAACGAAUCAUAUUUGAGCUGAUAAACUUUCCUCAACCAUAAUUUAUCACAGGCUUUGGACUACUUUUGUUCUCGCUGCCUCAUUUCAUGGCUGGACCAUACGAUGUUCCAGACUUUCAACCUGGUAAAGGUGGAAUUUGUAUAUCGUCCAAAAACAGUUCUUCAUCAGGGUCAUGUGACAGCAAUGAUUCUGGAGCUAUGUGGUACUAUAUGUUGAUAUUUGUCAUCGCGCAGGUUAUCCAUGGUGCUGGUAUCUGUCCACUGUAUCCAUUGGUACCUGCUUACUUGGAUGAAAAUGUUGAACCAAAACAAAUGCCUGUAUAUAUUGGUCUAUUUUAUCUUUCUGCUCUAAUAGGACCUGGAGUUGGGAUAUUGCUAGGCGGGCAGUUUCUUAGUGUGUUUGUUGACAUUGACCAGGUAAUCUAUAGGAUCAACCUGCAUAGAAAAUUGAAAUUUAUGGAUUUUCAUAUGAAAUCAAGAGGAAUCUGAAAGUUAAUAUUUACCGUUUGUUUUUCCGUGACAAAUGCUAACUGGACGGACCUUUUACCAACGAAAAUUUAAAUCUUAAGUUGAAAAGUCCUCGAGUGUAUCGUUUUCAUUAGAAUAAAGGGAAAAUCUUAUCUAUUUCUGUUGGAUUAACGAGAUUGGUCCUGUCCUGUGCCGGUCGUUCCCUUCUUCUUCCUUAUCUUUUAAAUGAUUAAAAAAAAUUUAUUUCAUUUUAUUUAAACUCCAGCCAAGUGGAUUGAACCUUACCCCAAAAGAUCCUCGUUGGAUAGGAGCUUGGUGGUUGGGAUUUCUUGUCUUUGGUUUGUUAUUUUUCCUUCUGGCGAUCAUUAUAUCCGGAUUUCCCAGUUCGUUACCUGGAGCCAAAGAACGUCGUGAGAAACACAUCCGCGAGGGGAACCUAAACAAAAAAAGCGAUGUCAAAGAAGCGAGGCUUAAAGAAAUCCUUCCUGAACUCAAAUCUCUUUUUAUGAAUUGGACAUUUUUGUUUAGUACCCUUGGACUUUCUGUUGCGGUAAUUUUUGCAUAUUCGUUCGUUCCAUUUUUGGGAAAGAUUACCCAGUUAAAGUUUGGUUUGGAUCCAGUAAGCAAUGGAUACCUUUUGUCAGCCGUUAUGACACCUACAAUAAUGGGUAUGUAACCGUGACGUCUAUUUCCGCCAUAUUACUUUCACCAUGCUUUCCACCGGGUUGUGGGACAGAUAUUGUCCUGACUCCUGAAAUAUGGUAAAGUAUUUUUUCUUCUCAAAUUAGAGCUGUAUUUUGGUUUCUUGUCUAAAGUUAAAUAUGAUUUUCAAGUUGCGUUGACACUCGUAGUUUAUUUGCUUUUAUAUGUCUUGAGAAUUGAACAACACUUUGGCCAUUAACGUUUCGCAAAUGAGAAGUCAACUCUGGGAUGGUAAUUUUUCUUAAUCCCCAACCAGAUUAUGUGGGUUUAUGCGAAUUUAGGCGAAUUUAGCAAUUUGAGAUUAUUUAAAGCGAGUUAAGACGUUUGAGGAACAGUUAAGGUGAAUUGAGAUUUUUCGAAUUUGUCAGCCAUCUGAUGAUUCUUCUUAUAUUGUUUGACAAAUUAUACACAAAAAGAUAUACCGACAUGAGAACAUAACCUGCUGCCAAAAGUAAUGCUAGCUGUACUCCCACUUAACAGUCUUGUAACGAGUCAUCAACAGGUCGAGUCACCCAACAAACAUCGAAUCACGAGUCGAGUCAUUUCACUAUAUCUGGUCGAGUCGAGUUAAUGGCUUCACUCGAGUCGAGUCAAUGGCUACACGAAUUGUAUCGUCAACAAAAAGGUGAACAAAAAGAUGAGCAAAAAUGCCUUUAAAAUAUUCCCUGCAAGUAUAAACACGACUAUCUGCUUCGAGAAUUACUUAUUGUUUCUUCAAGUCAUUUCAGGACUCUUAAUUCUCAACCUAUCCAACUACAAUAUUUUUUAUGAAUUUAUCCUGAACAAGUUGUAGUUGAUUUGACAGUUGUAAUAAUUUACGGCACAAUUCAACAAGUCGAAUCCGAGUCGAAUCAUUUGGGGCUGUUGACUCGAGUAACUUUUCGUAUUCGACUCGAGUCGAUUCGCAGGAAAUUGCGACUCCAGUCGCCUCGAGUCCGAGUCAAUAGCCGUUUUCACAUUAGAAGACGGACAAGUCGUCUAGACGAACAAAUCGUCUCAAAAUCGUCUUUUAGUCAAACAAAUCAUCAGAUGUGAAAACGUGUGGAACAAGUCGUCUGAAUUUGUUUGACUACUUGCCCGUCUGUGAAGACGAUUUUUGAGAGACGAUUUGUUCGUCUAGAAGACUUGUCCGUCUCUAAUGUGAAUAGGGCUAAUGACUUGACUCGUUGUAACCACUAUUACCAAGUAUCUAAACUGUGAUGACAUCAAAAUAUGUUUCGAGGACGCCAAAAUAUUCUCUUUGUGAUGUGGACCUCAAUGUGCUGAACAUGAGGACCAUUUCUCAAAAUCUAAACGCGAGAAUUUCUAUUCAUUGUAUAGUUGGAAUUAUAUUUGGAGCUCUUGUUGUGCGCCAGUUUCCAAUCAAAAGUGUAUGUAAGAGAUCAGCUUUCUACGUUGUCGUGAGCCAGUCGUUCGCGAUCAUCGUGCCGUUUCUGAUGUUGUUACCUGGAUGUCUGAAUGUUAACAUGGCUGGAGUUUCCACUUCUUAUACAGAUAGGUAAGGAAUUAUUUCAGCGCUAAAGCAUUUAAUAUUUACUGUAAUAUCCAAGAAUUGUAUUGCCGGCAAACACCCGCCCCCUCUCUCCUUCGGACCCAUCAAAAUAAAUUUUCCAUUGGCGAAAUCAAUCCAUUUUGAGUUUCAAAAAGACAAAUUCCUUCAAAAAUCUUCUAAGUUUCAAAAAGACAAAUUCCUUAGUGACGGGCCUGUCAAGGAUCUGUGAGGCAAGACAAUGUUUAACCUUUUUAUCUACUUACGCCAUUUUAAUAUUUUCAAGAAAAUUUUUCAAGAUUAAAAUUUGUUCGUUUUGCAUUUCAGACAGCAAAGAUGAUGACACCUUGAUAUUAGAUUUUCCCACUGCGACCUUAAGUGGGGUUUGUUACCCUUAUAUUUCAUGUCUGUACACGGAGCACAGCUAUAUACGGUGUAAGGAUCAGUUAAUUUAAUGUUAAAGAUUAAUCUAACCCAUCCUGUUAAGAUUCCCUCGAUGGAGGAACCUGAGUACCCGGAGAAAACCAACAACUUUCAGCAGGGCGUUGACUGGCUCUUUCCACUAAUUCCACAUAUAAAUGUCACGCGUCCGCAGCGAGGAUCGAGUUAACGCACGAUCGACGCUUGCUCUUGUAAUUUCGCCACCGAAGUCCCCUGUAGUGUAGUGCGGCUUACCGGUAACUUUUCCUAUUGAAAGGCAUAAGGCUUAGGGAAGGAAAAACUUAGAAGGCUGGCCGAAUAUUAGCCCGAUGCUCGUGAAAUUGCCCGGGUCCCUAAAAGUGUCUCACCGCUUUUCCCUUUAGUCAUUUUAAGUGCAAUCGCCCAAUUCUUAAGCACACUCUGUCCGACGUUUACGUCCAAACUGCUCCUUCUCCUACGCCUAUGCUGAAAGGCUGUACGCUUCCUAAACCCCUUCUGUCCGCCGCCUAUGUGUAUUAAAACAGUCUAAAGAUGCAGUCUCUAAGUAAAAGUGUACUACUCCUUUUUUUGAAAUGGAACGAAAAGCCCGUGAUAUUUCCCGAUGUGUAAACGAAACUUAUUAAGCAAGGUUCAGCAUUGGGGGAGGGCCUUGCCCUCCCUUAGUAUGUGAAAGGUGGCCCUGAUUUAGUGUGAACUUGCAUUUAAAGAAUUAUCUUUCCUAAUGGGCUCUGUUAACUUUUCGCUAGAAUAAACUCCACUCAUGAACAAAUGAUAGCAAGAUACUCCACGGGCGUACUUAUUUCUCAAUGUAACGUCAACUGUAGCUGUAGCAUAGAUAACUUUACACCCGUGUGUGGGUCAGAUAAUAUUGGCUAUCCAAACCCCUGUUAUGCAGGUUGCACCGCAAGAUAUGAUGACAAGGUCAGUAAGUAUAAUCUUAGUGAAUUUUGAAUGAAAUUUAUAACUUAUAUAUCAGGAUUGUGCACAUCUCCUUCAAUAUGACUGAAUAUAUGUCGCUGGGAUUUUUGUAGAUGAAAUUUUCGAACGAAAAUUUUAUACAAAUUUAGGCAGACACUAUGAUCUAUAUAUAUACAAGACUUGUGUUUAAUUCUCGGUAAUUCCACACUAUAACUUAGUGGUCAGAGCCUGCACCAGAAUCGCAGAGCCGCAGGUUUGAUUCUUGCCGGACCUAAAGUUACAUUCUUAGCAGCGACUCCCGGGGACAGAUCUAAAAUUGUCUCUAAAUUUUUGUUCGAAAAUUUCAUCUACAAAAAUCCAUUUUGAUUUAAAUUACAUUAAAAAUUCAAGGAUUAUACAAAGGUGUAAAUUCUUUAUUUUUGCAACGGUUAGAGCAGUUUUACAGGAUUUUGUUAAUGUUGUUGUUGUUUUUACAAUACCACAUUAUGCACGAAUAAUUGCGCAAAGUUUUUUAUCAAAUCAAGCUCACGCGAGUAUAUGCCAAUGUGUUUUAUCCGUCCUUAUCUUAUUAUACUCUUUGUCUUUGAAUAGACUUUCGGGAGUUGUUCCUGUAUCAUGACGGAUACAAGUAAACCAGGUACAGCAAGACAAGGAUACUGUGACCGUGAUUGUAAGAAUCUGGCUAUCUUUUUGGUCUGCAUUGGCGUCGGCUUAUGCGUGUUCUUUUCAUGCAGCGUUCCAUUAAAGACUGUUGUUCUAAGGUACAAUGACUAGUAAUCGAAUAUAUGAUAAUUAAAGUUUUCAAAAUUUCUCAAUUUAGUAAGAAAUGUGUGUGGCUAUAGAUUCGAUCACCUUCGUGGAAGUUCAUCCUGAUAAAUUAUAUAUAUGCAAAUUAGUGUUUUAUUAUCAACCUAAGGAUUUAAAAUAUAAUUUAAUUAAAUAAAAACACUAAUCAAGAAAUGAUCUGGCAGCUUUUUUGGCGAAUCACGCGUCAACCAUAAUAUAUAACGUGAAGUGCCUUUAUAGCUAUACCUAUAAUUAAAUGAAAUUUAUAUCACUGCACAUUAACAGCGCUAACGUUCAGACAAACCAGCUUGCUGGAAUUGGACAGACAUUCCAAUUUCAACAAUUAAUUAGUGAUCCAACGCGAAUUACAGCUAAUAGUAAAACCUUAAAAGAUCUAGCAUUCACCAAUAAACCGGAAUUGAUAAAUGGCUCGGGUGUCAUUCAUCUGGGGAUAAGUGAUCACAGCUUAAUCUAUAUACAGAGAAAAAUUUCCGUUCCCCGUAAAGAGCCAAAAGUGAUUAAAUCAAGAAAUUUCAAACACUACAACUCAAACAACUUUAAAUCAGACCUUUCCACAUACUUAUAUGAUCAAGUAUUCUGUGAUACAAUGCUUGAUCCAAAUAUUAUGUGGGAAAAUUGGGAAACAAUAUUUCUGUCGGUUGCAGAUUUUCAUGCACCAGAAAGAACAAAAAAAGUUAGAAGCGAAUACGCGCCAUGGAUUACAGAAAAUAUUAAACAAACUAUGCGUCGAAGAGGCUUUUUAAAGAAAAAAGCAGUUAAGACACGAUCAAAAUAUUUCCAUGAUGCUUAUAAACGCACACGAAAUGAUUUGAAUAGAUUAAUUAAUAAUACAAAAGCAAUUUACUUUACAAAUACUUUAAAUGACUGUGAUAUAAUAAUAAAUAAUAAUAAUAAUAAUAAUAAUAAUAAAUAAUAAUAAUAACGAAGUUGCAUCUCCUUUGGUUAAUAACAUGCCACAGAGCUCAAGGACAUUUGAGUCAUACGUGACUAGGUCCGAUACACAAUUUACGAUACAAAAUGUUUCAUUAACUAAGGUAUAUAAGUUGCUCUCUACAAUUAAAACAUCCAAAUCAGCAGGGCAUGAUAGAAUACCCGGUAAACUUCUAAGAGAAGCUGCUGAAGUAAAAGCACCAUCCCUGUCAGCAAUCUUUAAUUAACGCAUCUAUAUAAACACUGGUAUAUUUCCUGAAGACUUCAAGAUUGCUAUCAUUUCUCCAAUUCAUAAGGCUGGAAGCAAAACUAAUUGCGAUAAUUAUAGACCAAUCUCGGUUCUAUCCUCAGUUGCUAAAAUAUAUGAGAAAUUAGUUACAGAGCAACUAGAAAUUUAUCUUGAAACUAAUCACAUUCUUGCAGAACAACAAGCAGGAUUUAGGAAAAAUCACUGUACACAAACUUCUCUACCUAACAUCACGAACCAAUGGCUAAUGAAUAUGGAUAAGGGUUUGUUAAAUGGAGUGAUUUUUUUUGGAUCUCAAGAAAGCGUUUGACUGUGUUGAUCAUAAUAUAUUGUUAAAAAAAAUGCAUUGUUAUGGAAUAAGAGGUCAUACGCUUGCUUAGUAGCAAGAUUUAAAUAUGUAAGGUAGAUCAAACAAUGUCCAAGACAAGAACAGUUAAAUGUGGAAUACCCCAAGGUUCUAAUCUUGGGCCACUUCUUUUCUUAUUAUAUAUAAACGACCUGCCAAACUGCCUGACCUCAUCUUCAGCAAGCAUGUUUGCCGAUGACACAAAUGUUUCAACCAAUGGCAAAACAAAUGACGAACUACAAGAACGCAUUGACGUGGACUUAGAAAAUAUACACCAAUGGUUACUUGCAAACAAACUUACACUUAACAAAGAUAAAACUGAAUACAUGAUUAUUGGUUCAAGACAACGAAUUUCAAACUUAGUACUAACGGACCCUAAAAUUGAACUUGGUGAAUCAGUCAUUAAACGGGUUCACAAAUCAAAAACUUUAGGCGUAAUUAUUGAUGAACAUGCAUCUUUUAUGGAAUCAUUUAAACUUAAAUUUAAUAAUAUUGAUAUAUGAAUUUAAUAAUGAUAAAUUUAAACGUAUUCUUGACGACACUUGAUUCCUUUUGGUAACUUUGUAAAUAUUUAAAUAGGAUAGGAUAUUUUUAGAAACAAAUGUAGUGCAUGCAAUUAAUAAGUUCGUUAUGUUUUCUCUGUUUUUGUGUGUAUAUUUGUGUUAUUAUAUUUAUAUAGCUUGUAAAUACUGUAAUAAACGGCCUCUUGAAAUAAUGAGCAACAGAGUAGACGCCAGUCCAGAGCUCGAGACUACUGAUACCCCCAAGAAAAUAUUACGGAUGACGCUCUUUAGGUUGACUGAAAUUUAAAAUCAUACCUGCCCGAAAAAAUAACCAUGACAGCAACUUUUAACCAUUUUUUAAUGAAUUAUAGAAAACAGUUACACUCUAUCACUGCAUGCACAUGCAGAUUCGUUAUCACUGUUCACUAAAAUUACUGAGACAUGUUUGUAUGAUAAAACAUGCCUAAUUCUCUAAAUAAUACAACUUACCGCAAUCUUUCUCGACUAUGCUCCUUCAUAUGGGGGGGGGAGGUGAAUGGGGGUAUACAAAUCCGCCGAUCCGACAAUGGUCUUGUCUAAAUUUGAAUCCGCUAAAAGCUCUACUAUGAAGUCACAAUCCACGUCUCAUUGUUAAAACGUGAGGGAUGAUUGGAAACUAAUUAUCCCACGGUACGAUUAGUUACUAUAUAAUCGUCCCUCAUCUUUAUGCAUAACCUCUUAUAUUAAUGUGAAUUAAAUGUUUAACAGACAUGAAAUAUCAACCGUAACUUCAUUAACGAACACCCCAAUAUAGUCAUUAUAGUAUCAAAAAGCAAAUGCGGCGCCUUUCAUUUCAACUUAUCCAAUCGAAUGAAACCGUUUUAUUGUCUCGGUAGCUAUGAUAUUACAAAGUGAUAGUAUGGCAUUACGGUCGAUUAGUGAUGAAACGUCCUUCAAGCCUCGAGAGGUUUCGUAAAACUUUUACUAAACCUCUCUCGGGCGGCUUUCGGGUACAUUUGAUCACUAAUCGCCCUGAAUGCCAUGCUAUUACUUACAAUAAAAUCCUAAUUGUAUUUUGUUGCAGAUGCGUCCCGGACGAUAAGCGUGCCUUUGCAAUGGGAAUGCAAUAUGUAUUCGUGAAAGGAAUCGGCUUAAUCCCAGGUCCAAUAAUUCUUGGCCAUUUGCUGGACCUAAACUGUCGAUUGUGGCAAGACAUCUGCGGGCAGAAGGGAAGAUGUUUUGUUUACGAUGUUGAUUUGGUUAGCAGAAAUAUCUGUAUAUUUGGAGCAGUCAUCGAGGGUGAGGAACAUAUUCCGUAAUAUGUUGCGGGCAAGCUUGAAAAAUAUGCCUGUCCACGGUGGGAAUCGAACCUGCGACCUUUGGAAUACUAGCCGCUCUGCCAACUGAGCUAGCAUUGGGCUAUAGUAUUCCAAAGGUCGAGGUUCGAUUCGCACCGUGGACAGGCAUAUUUUUCAAGCUUGCCCGGUGUGAAUAUACACCGCUCAGAGUAACAUCACAAGCAUCAUAUAUUCACCUGAGUACAUUACACAAACACAGCAAAUAUCAUGAUUAUUAGAUUACACUGAUAUCGAACAUUACACCAACACAGAAAAAAUCAUAUUACGGAUAUGCCAAAAUUGUGAAUAUGCCCCGCGACCUUCGCAUUUCUGGAACGAUGCUCUGCCUACUGAGUUACAAGGCCAAGUUGAGAACGAUGUUGCUUUUUUGAGUUACUUAUAUAAUUUAGAGUGCAAUAAAUCUUUCACGGUCAUUAGUUGCUUAGUUUGUGUUUUUAUUAUGUUCCUUUUAAUAAAAAUGACAAUUUUCUUUUAUUUAAGGUAUCUCAGCUGUGUUUUUUGCGCUUUCCUGGCUGUUGUACCAGCCUGAAGAAAAAACAUCUGAUGCAACUCCUUUACAAACAAACAUUGCCAAUGGUAAUGAAACUGUCCUGUAGUUUGAUCAAUAUUCUAUUGAACUUCAUUCUCUCAUAACAUGUAUACACACAAGAAACAAAAUGCAAAUUUAAUCUGAAUUAAUAGGGUCUAAAAUAAAUAUAAACCAA